GUUUACAGAACGAGAGCAAAGAGCGGGCGAGGCGGAGGAGCCACGUCGGAUCUUAAUUCACGUAGUUACCGAAUGGCGCCUACGUGUGCUACGCUGUCCACAAAAUUGCUACCAGGCCUGGACUGGAGACCGCUGACUUUCGAAGAUCCCCUUCCAUCGAACUGGGUGUGCCAAGUCUGUGGACUGGUGUGCAAGAAAACAGCGGUGCUGCAUUGCUCCCACACACUCUGCAAUGUGUGCUUCGAGGCCAGCGUGGCGCUGGGCGGCAUGUGUCCCGUGGACGGGGAGGUUUUUCACCCGGAUGACGUUGGUAAGGUGAGGUUACGAUCGGGACAAUUGCUCCAACUAAGGGUGUCCUGUUGGAACAAUGCCCACGGCUGCAGCUUCGUGGGCCCCGUCUUCGAGCUCUUGGGCCACUUUGAGAAGGAGUGCGUACACCAUAAUGUUUCCUGUCCUCGGUGUAACCAGGACGUGCCGCGGAGAAACCUCGUGCAGCACCUCGUAAGUGGCUGCAACCCUACCAGAAGUGCGAAACCGGCGCCGCCAGAUGUGACUUACCUGGGAGGACAGUUAACUGAAGCUUUGGAUAAGGCAAGUGCAGAGAUCAAGCAGUCUAUUGCUGAGCUCAAAGACAGCUACAGUGAGUUGCAGGCCAGUGUCAACACAGUCUCGUACCACGUCAGACGUGAACGUUCAGAAGCCAAGCAAGUAAUAUCUGAAGCCAUUGCAAGUUACUUCAAACGGCUACAAGUCCCUCCGGCAUAUGUGAAUUCUCCUGGAAGCCCCUUGGUGAAUGAAAAGGAGUCUAAGGACGGGGAUAUAUAUUUCUGUCCGGAGGCUCAAGUUCAACUGCUAGGAGAUUCAGUCAGCCCACUAAACCCGGAAGGCCGCAAGAUGUACGAUCGCUCCUUCCUCAUAAGACUCCAGGGGGCGCCUAUGUCGCUCAAAAAGCCACUUGGACUGCCCAAGCGGAGUUGCCCAGCCAAGUCCUGGAAGAGGUGGGGAGGAAUGGGCUGCCUCCAGAGUGUACCGGGCCGAGGAGGAGAAAAGCUCGAAAAGGUGAUCACUCCGUCGAGUUUCCUGAACCAGGACCUAUGGAUGCCCGUAGCCCAGAAUGCAUGGAAACCCAUGUACAAGAUACCAGGGAAAGCGGCCCCCAAAGUCGCCAAAGCUGAGGAGCUGUACCGGCGCGUGCGGGUCAUCUGUGCAAACUGAACCCACGAAAGUUAGUCGCUGGUGGAGCAAGUGAAGGGCUUGCAGAUCAACUCGGAAGCUCUGCUGAAGCGAUUCAUCGGCCUCGUGUAUGAAAAGCAUCUGGAAGCGCCCAACCCUAGCAUGCCCUACGUCAAUAUGUGCAUGCGUUCGCAGUUUCUGAGAUCCCCACGAGCAGCAAUUGCACAAAUAAGGUGAACUUUGGCAGCUUGCUUCUUGCCCAAGUGCUAAAAGAAAGUCUAAGAAGGACGAGGACGAAGACACACACAAGGCCGAGCAGCUCGAGAUUGAAGGGGACAUUUCUGAGGAAGAGAACACUAAGCACAGAGAGGAAAGAGUAAUAAAAAAUGAAAUCCAAA